GGACUCUAAAACAUUUAUGACAAAAUAAUUCAGAAAUAAAUUUAGCACCCAUCUAUGUUUUAUUUCAAAUCAUUCUUUGUUCUUCACUGUCUCAUCAGUUCAAGGGUCAAUAAUCCAUUUUGACUUUCUGAAGGAGGGUUUUGCUCAGAGCUCGUGAAGGGGCUUCACCUUCAUCAAGGCUCACUUGUGGGUUAUAAAUAUUAAUAAUUGUUACUUAAUUUGCAUAACACCUGUUGUCUGUGGCUUUGAGUCAACAGUCUUCUUAAGCACCACAUUUGAAUUUCAUUAGAGCUUUUGUUCUGACGAAGAACUGCACAAUGUGACCCGUGACAUACAGUUUAAUGAGUGGCAGCCAACUUAUCAAGAACAUGAAAGACAUUAUUGUUGCUAAAUGAGUGCUGCUAACAAGUGCUUUGACCCUGCAUUAUUAAUUGUAUUAGCUACAUUAACAAAAUUGUUCUAAAUAGGAAUUGUGAUAAUAUUAAGGGUGAUGAGUCUCAUAAAACCACCUGAGAGGGACUUUUAGUUGUAAUUGUCUUGCUAUAUUACAACUGUGUUACGGUCGUACCUACAUUCUCACGAGAAAGGUUGUUUUUCCUGGCCUGUCUUCAGCUUUGUGUAGUUAGGUUAUAUUUAGUGUGCUUGGUGAGAGAACAGCUCUCAGAGCACAGUUGGCAAGCUUACAUUAAACAAACUGGACGUGUUCUCGUGGCUUUUUCUGCAAGAUCAUUCCCCCUUCGUCGGUAUGCGUCUCUUUCAGCUGGAUCCAACAAGAUUUAUGAGCACAUAGUACCGAAUAGAACCAAACUAGCUCUCCAUUCAAAAAAUUAAAACAUCGCACGACUGAGUUGCGCGCAGGUUUCCUCAGGAGUAAGAUGGACAUAGUUAAGGGUCACGUGUAACAGAUGUUUUCAUUCACUUUUAAAUAUGAUGUUGCGCGAUUUUGAUUGAGACCGCUUACAUUUAAAUUUGUGUCUGUUUUUAUGUUGCUUUUGUAAUAGAAGCUUUGUGAUCAUUCCUGAUAAAAGCAGUACAGUAGUCCCCACCGGCUGGUGACACAUUGGCAGCCAGUGCGUCCAUGCGUAGCUCAGGCAGGGAGGAUGCUAGUGUUCAGAGAGACAACCAGUUGCUCCCCAGCUGUCACAGUAAAAGUGGAGCCUCCCUAACGCACUGACGGAUGAACAACCUCGACCUGUUGCCUCUGCGAGAAAAAAAAUCUAAACCUGCAUUUUGACGGCUGCCAGGGAAGAAAGAAGUUGAUUUUUCUGCUCUGGUGGGAGGUCGAAGUCGAUGCCAUGAGGUGUAUCAAUGUUUUCGUUUUUUAUCAACGUUUUGAAUAGCAGAAGGAAACGGAGCAGAGUUAGUUUUUGGGGGGUCUACCUCCUCUGUGUGGAGGUGCAUUUGUCGGUGAAUUCUUCUGUCUCUGGGCUCUGAGGAGGACGACCAUGGUCGAACUGGAGAAAGAGGUGCUCCCGCUGCCCCCUCGGUACCGGUUCCGAGACCUGUUGCUCGGGGACUGGCAAACCGACGACAGGGUGCAGGUAGAAUUCUUUGUGAAUGAGAACACUUUCAAGGAGCGCCUCAAGCUGUUCUUCAUCAAAAACCAAAGAUCCAGUCUGCGUGUGCGAAUGUUCAACUUUGCUCUAAAAGUGCUGAGCUGCCUCCUCUACAUUGUCAGAGUCUUGUUGGACAACCCUCAAGAGGGAAGACAGGACUGCAUGAGUGGAGUGAAUUGCACCAAACAAAACACAUCAUCCCGCCCUUGGAGUGAGUUUGAUUGGAAACUGAUCAUCUGGGUGGAUAGACCUCUCCCGCUGUGGUCACUGCAGGUGCUUGUGGCUUUCAUCAGCUUUUCAGAAACUAUGUUGCUCGUAUAUCUCAGCUACAAGGGUAACGUUUGGGAGCAAGUCUUACGUGUCCCCUUCAUUCUGGAGAUGAUCAGCGCCAUUCCCUUCAUGAUCACUGUGAUUCUGCCCUCCUUCAGAAAUCUCUUCAUCCCUGUAUUUCUCAAUUGCUGGCUGGCCAAACACGCUUUGGAGAACAUGAUAAAUGAUCUCCACAGGGCAAUCCAGCGGACGCACUCAGCCAUGUUUAACCAGGUGGUAAUACUCAUCAGCACGCUGGUCUGUCUCAUGUUUACGUGCAUCUGCGGUAUCCAACACCUCGAGCGAGCGGGGAACAACCUGACCCUGUUUGACUCGCUCUACUUCUGCGUGGUCACUUUCUCCACGGUGGGCUUCGGAGACGUCACCCCUCAAAUCUGGCCUUCGCAGCUCUUGGUUGUCAUCAUGAUCUUUGUGGCGCUCAUUGUUCUUCCAAUCCAGUUUGAGCAGCUGGCCUUUCUGUGGAUGGAGCGGCAGAAAUCCGGGGGAAACUACAGCCGCUAUAGGGCGCAGACGGAGAAACAUGUGGUGCUGUGUGUCAGCUGCCUCAAGAUCGACCUCCUCAUGGACUUCCUCAAUGAGUUCUUCGCACACCCUCGGCUGCAGGACUACUAUGUGGUGAUCCUUUGCCCUGCAGAGAUGGAUGUUCAGGUGAGGAGGGUUCUUCAUGUGCCUCUGUGGGCCCAGAGAGUCAUCUAUCUGCAGGGAUCUGCCCUCAAAGACCAAGACCUGAUGAGGGCCAAGAUGGACGAUGCUGAGGCCUGCUUUAUCCUCAGCAACCGGUUUGAAGUGGACCGCAUUGCUGCUGAUCAUCAGACCAUCCUGCGUGCCUGGGCCGUGAAAGACUUUGCUCCAAAUUGCCCGCUGUAUGUCCAGAUUCUGAAGCCAGAGAACAAGUUUCACGUCAAAUUUGCAGAUCAUGUGGUGUGUGAAGAGGAGUUUAAGUAUGCCAUGCUGGCUUUAAACUGUGUGUGUCCUGGUACCUCAACACUCAUCACUCUAUUGAUCCACUCCUCUAGAGGACAAACUGCACCCCAAGAGGCCUUCAAACAACGUGUAGGUGCCUUUCAAGCCCUCAACAGGGAGGGCGGUGCAUGUUCAGCCGACCAAUGGCACAGGACCUACCGACGCUGCUCAGCCAAUGAAGUGCAUCACAUCCGCUUGGAGGAAAGUAAAUUCUUUGGGGAAUACCAGGGCAAGAGUUUCACCUUUGCGUCCUUUCAUGCUCACAAAAAGUAUGGAGUUUGUUUGAUCGGAGUACGCAGGUUGGACACCACCAAUAUCCUGCUGAACCCUGGCCCCUGCCACAUCAUGGGGGCCUCUGACACGUGCUUUUACAUCAACAUCUCCAAAGAGGAGAACUCAGCAUUCGUCAGGGGCCAGAGGGAGCCAUCGUGGGGCGGCACGGGAGGAAAUGCCAGGGGAGUACAGCAAACCAUUUACCACGGACUCACUCGCCUGCCAGUCCACAGUAUCAUCGCCAGCAUGGGCACAGUGGCCAUCGACCUGCAGGACUCCAGUGACAGCAGCCCAGAAGGCCAGGACCCAGGGAGCACCGGGCUUAACAGUGCACGUGGAAGCAGGAGCAGCUCCAGGACAGAGAUGGGGGGUGGAAACACUUUGGCCCUGCCUGUGAUGGGAGAGACAGCCGAGGAGAGGCGGCACAGCAUUGCCCCCGUCCUGGAGCUGGUGGAUGGCGUCACCAACCCCGCCUUUGACCUGCUGGGAGACCAGUCUGAGGACGAGGGAGGAGAAGAGGGGAAGGAGGACAGUGACAAGGACGAGAGCGCCCACUGGUGGGGUCGACACUGCGAGUGGGUGAAGGGAUACCCGCUGAACUCUCCAUAUAUUGGCAGCUCACCUACUCUCUGCCACCUUCUGCAAGAAAAGAUGCCUUUCUGCUGCCUGCGCAUGGAUAAGGCUUGUCACCACACCCUUUUCGAGGAUGCUCGCUCCUAUGGGUUCAAAAACAAAUUGAUUAUCGUGUCUGCAGAGAGUGCAGGAAAUGGUCUGUACAACUUUAUUGUGCCACUAAGGGCCUACUACCGACCCAGGAAGGAGCUCAACCCCAUCGUGCUGCUGCUGGAGAGCAUACCUGAAGCGGACUUCCUGGAGGCAAUCUGUUGGUUCCCCAUGGUGUUCUACACAGUGGGCUCUAUCGACAAUCUGGACAGUUUGCUGCGAUGUGGAGUCACUUUCGCUGACACCAUGGUGGUUGUUGACAAGGAGAGCUCCAUGAUUGCAGAGGAGGAUUACAUGGCAGAUGCAAAGACUAUUGUGAAUGUGCAGACCCUCUUCAGACUGUUUCCAGCUCUUAGUAUCAUCACAGAGCUCACCCACCCAGCAAAUAUGCGCUUUAUGCAGUUCAAAGUCAAAGAUCACUACUCUCUGGCUCUGUCCAAACUGGAGAAGAAGGAAAGGGAAAAGGGAUCCAACUUGGUGUUCAUGUUCCGCCUGCCCUUCGCAGCAGGGAAAGUCUUCAGUGUCAGCAUGCUGGACACUCUCCUCUAUCAGUCAUUUGUGAAGGACUACAUGAUCUCCAUCACCAGGCUGCUGCUGGGUUUAGACUCCAUGCCUGGCUCAGGUUUCCUCUGUGCUAUGAAAAUCACAGAGGAUGACCUGUGGAUCCGUACCUACGGCAGACUCUACCAGAAACUGUGCUCCUCCAGCGGAGACAUUCCCAUCGGCAUCUACAGGACAGAGGCACAUAAGCUUCCGGUCUCUGAGUCCCAGGUAUCCAUCACAGUGGAAGACUACGAGGACACACGGGAACCCAGGGAGCCCCUGCUGUCCCGGUCUGGUGCCCACCGUAACUCCACCUCCUCAGAGCCCAUCUCCACCUCUUCCCAUUCCUCAGACCACCCGCUGCUCAGGAGGAAGAGCAUGCAGUGGGCACGGCGGCUGAGCAGGAAGGGGGGUCGGGGCUCUAAUGCAGCGAAGGGGGGUCCGGGCAGUGCAGCAGAAAGGAUCAGCCAGCAGAGACUGACCCUGUUCAGACGCUCGGAGAGGCAAGAACUCAAUGCUCUCGUGCGGACAAGAAUGAAACACUUGGGCCUUUCUCCAACUGGAUUCAAUGGGAUGACAGACCAAGGGAACAGACUGUCUUAUAUCCUGAUCAACCCUUCUCCAGACACCAGACUAGAGCUGCAUGAUGUUGUAUACCUGAUCAGACCAGACCCCCUCUCUUUGGUACCAAAUCAGGGCGGCAAUAGGAAGUGUGGUGGCGGGCUAUCAGAGAGCCAUAGGUUUGAUACACAGGACAGCACCCAUCUGUGAGAGAAAACAAAAGACAAAUAUGACGUCAAAACACUGCCUGAGAAAAAGGACAAACCACAACAUCACACCCAUGAGACGCAGGCAGAGAUCAGGAUAUGGUGAAAUGGAAAUCUCUGUGAACUCAGAGGAGCCGGACAUGCAUAGACCUUUUCUAUAACACUGGGAAUGUUUUAUUUAUGCACCAUCCUAUUUACAAAGUAGAGAGCUGCAGACACAGAAGUGCAUUUACUGAAGAACUGUAUGUGUUUAUAUUUGUGUAUGUGCAUGUUAUGUACUGCAUCAUGUGUGUGCAGUGUGUAUGGUCGUGUGGAUGGAUGUGUAUGUGUGCUUAUGGAUCAAGAGCAAGACACUGCCAAUUUAAUCCGGACAGCCAAAGAAACCUGCUGCCAUAAUGAAGGCUGACUGAUGUUAUUUUUGUGUCCCUCCCUCUCUAUGUUGUUGGUGUGUUUGGCACACUAAGUGUUGUUUACUGUAUUUGAAAGGGGCUCUAUGGUUUACACAUCCUAUUAGGCUUUGUUUGUUUAUUAGUUUUAAGUCUUCAUAAAUCCUUUUUGGGGUUUUCUUUACUUGUUUUACACACCUUUACCAUUCGACUCACAUAUAUCACGCUCACCAGCAGUGGAAGGAUCCAAAGAGCCUCGACCUCAGUAAUGGACAUGAGUAGACACACCAUCAGUGCAGGGCAUACUGUCACAUUACAGUCUGGACUGUUUCAGAGUCUUUUUUGAUUUCUGUCCUGCUCUCUCUGCUUCUGUCAGUCCUGCCACCAGCUCACUUUUGCUGACAUGCAUGUUAGAGAUGUAGGGGAUGGACAAAAUCGCAGGAAAAUAUAUCUUCACACACUGCCAUCCAGUACGACACCCCUGCAACAAACACUACCUUUGUGAAGCUAAUAUUGUUGCCGUUUUCAGUAUGUCGUCUCAGUUUUGAAGCUGACUUACCAGCUUCACAAUCAAACAUAAUCUGUAUUUAUUGCACACUGCACUAAAUAUUCACUUUUUCAAGUCAUUAGUUUACUGAUUGAGAAUGAAGAACUAUGAUAUAAUUUAAUUUUCAAACCAGAAAAAUCUCUCAAAACACUAUUCCAGUGCAUUAAGACCCUUCUGCUUGUUUUUACAGACUAGACUUCCUUAUAGUAUAGAUAGUCAGUUAUUUCACACCUGACAUGACGUUUUAAUCUGCUAUAUUGAAGUAAAUUACUUGUUUGAGUUAAAUUCAUGCUGUUUGAUUACCAAGGAAUUUGCAAUUUGUACAUUUUUGUCUGAUAAUCUGAAUGUGCCAUUUCAUACAGAAAUGGUGCAGCCAUGUGGAAGGAUGUUAACCAGCAUCCCUGCCAACACAACUGCUGUAGCUUUAGUGCCAUUAUAACAGAUGAAAAUAUGUACAUAUUAAAGGAAGUCAUUAUAGU